GCCUGAUGGCAGCAAUUGUGUUCUCUGAAGAGGACUUGCAUUGUCCUCAAUGCUCAGACAUCUACUGCCUACCAGUUCUCCUCAAUUGUGGCCACAAUAUCUGCAGAGUUUGUUUACACAAAUUCUGGGAAUGGAAAGGAUCUCGAGUAUGUCCUGUGUGUCAUGUAGUGUCUGUCCCUGCGAGGCCUCCUAUCAAUUUGGCACUAAAGAUAGCUGUGGACGAAUAUCAAGUGCACAAGACCAGCAGGGAACAAGAAGUUUGUCGUCUUCACAGUGAGAGGCUGAGGCUUUUUUGCCACAAUGACGAAGAGCCCAUCUGCCUUGUCUGCCAAACGUCGAAACAGCAUAGAGUUCAUGAGUGCUGCCCGGUGGAGGAGGCGGCCCAGCAGAAGAAGGCAGAGAUUUCAGCCACGCUGGAGUCCCUGAAGAAAAAGCUCAAAAUACUGAAUAAUACAAAGGAGCACUGGGAGGAAACCAAAAACUAUAUACAGAGCCAAGCUUAUCAAAGUGAGGUAGCAAUAAAGGAGGAGUUUGAGAAGCUACACCUGUUCCUCAAGGAGGAGGAAAACACAAGACUGAAGGUGCUCAAACAGGAAGAGGAAAUUAAGACCCAGGUGAUGCGUCAGAAGCUGGAAAACAUCAAGGACCAGAUCAAAACCCUCUCUUUCACCAUCAGUGAAAUUGAGACAGCUCUCAAAGUGAGGGAUUUACCCUUUCUACAGGGCUACAAGCAAACAAAGAAAAGGGCAAAAUGCAACAUUGGAGAGCCAGAGUGUAUCAGAGAUAUCCUGAUCAACACUGCAAAGCAUGUGGGAAUACUUAGGUUCGGAAUCUGGAAUAAGAUGGCCAACAUUGUCGAGUGUGCUCCUAUCACUCUGGACCCAAACACAGCACAGGCCAACUUAAAGUUCUCUGAAGAGUUGACCUGUGUGCAAUACAGCAGUAAGCAACCCCUUCCUGACAACCCUGAACGCUGCACCAGUCGAGUGUGUGUGCUGGGAGCGACCGGCUUCACAUCUGGGAAACACAGCUGGACCGUGGAGGUGGGCCAGGGCAAAGACUGGUACAUAGGAGUGGCCCAGGAGUCCAUCAAAAGGAAGAGUACAGUCUUCCUCAAUCCAGCGGAGGGUUUCUGGGUGAUCGGCCUGUGCAACGGAGACUCGUUCUGGGCUCAGACCUCGCCUCGCAGCAAGCUCACGUUGAAGCAGAAACCUGAAAAGAUUACUGUACAGCUGGACUAUGACAAAGGAAAGGUCGUUUUCCUCAACACUGCUGAUUCGACGAUAAUACAUACAUUCAAAGACAAGUUUACAGAGAGGAUUUUCCCUUACUUCUCCCCUGGAUUGUUGGACGAGGGGAAAAACUCUAUCCCGUUAAGAAUCUGUCCUCUGAAAAUAAAAGUGGAUGUAGAGUAGAGAUGAAGACUUUGUUGAGUGUGUUGUAG